UCUUAUAUUCAUUGAAAUUAAUUUGAAUUUUUAUACAAAUUAAAAAUAAAUCAAUAUAAAUAUAACCAUCGGUACUAUUCUUAUUUUAAGUUGUCUUUGGUCUAACCUCACUUUUUUCUUUUCAUCUAAGAAUUCAUAAAAUCUAAGAGAACAAUAAUAUAAAUAUGGGAAAAACAUCUAAAGACAAAAGAGAUAUUUACUAUAGAUUAGCAAAAGAAGAAGGAUGGAGAGCCAGAAGUGCUUUCAAGUUAUUACAAAUUAAUGAAGAGUAUAAUAUUUUUGAAGGUGUUUUACGAGCCGUUGAUUUGUGUGCUGCACCCGGUAGUUGGAGUCAAGUAUUAACAAAAAAGUUACGCCAAAAUACAGAAAACGAAGAUGAUGUUAAGAUAGUUGCGGUGGAUUUGCAAGCCAUGGCAUCACUUCCAGGCGUUAAACAAAUUCAAGGGGAUAUUACAAAAAUAUCAACAGCAAAUGAGAUAAUUAAAGAAUUCGAAGGACAUAAAGCAGAUUUAGUUGUAUGCGACGGAGCACCAGAUGUAACGGGGUUGCAUGAUAUUGAUGAAUAUGUUCAAUCACAACUUCUUCUUGCUGCAUUAAAUAUAACAACACAUGUACUUAAAAUUGGUGGAAUUUUUGUUGCCAAAAUUUUCAGGGGUAAAGAUGUUACCUUAUUGUAUUCACAGUUAAAGCUUUUUUUUGAGUUUGUAACAGUGUCAAAGCCAAGAAGUUCAAGAAAUUCUAGUAUUGAAGCUUUCGUUAUAUGUCAAAACUAUAAGCCCCCACCAGAUUAUGUCCCUACCAUGGUUAACCCACUACUUGAUCAUAAGUAUUGUGACUUCAAUGAGUUUACAGGGCCGAAUAGGUUCAUAGUACCAUUUAAUGCUUGUGGUGACCUCAGUGCUUAUGACUCUGAUACAUCAUACCCUUUGUUAUUAGAAGGUCAAGAAUCUUAUGAAUACAAGGAACCUGUCCAAGGACCUAUAGAUCCACCUUACAAAGAAAUUUUAGAAAAAAAUAAAUCAAUGCAAACAAAUAACUUAUAAGCAAAUAUUAUUACAAUUUCAAAACAUACAUAAAAGAAUAGCUUAAAUGAAUAAAUAAUGGUAUGAUAACUAAUUAAAUUAAGAAAGAACUUCAUUUAUAAUAUAAAGGAAAUUA